AAGCCAAAGGUAAUGGGAAUGCAUAGAGAAACCAGCUCCGAGACGUUUCUUAUCAGCUACAAAUGCCGUUAGCUAUUCACAUAUUCCAGCUCUGCUAUGUUGACCUUCGGCGGUUUCUAAAUUUGGACCUGUUUCGUAACCGGGCCAGCCGUGCAGGUCUGUGACGUAGGGCAGGCAUCGUUGCCACUUAUCCAAACAUACCUCAUCUGAGCAGUACUGGGGAGGGAGCCGCGGCCGGCUCCGCGGAGCGCUCAGCGGGGCUCCCAGACGUCGCCUGGCCAACACUGGCUAAACAGUGGGAUAGUUCACCGCAGUUGUGAUUGAUCGGUGCUAUCACACUGGCAAAUAAUGGGAGAAUGGUGGACGACUCUGCUGUGGUGCGUACUAUCAGGCGUAGUGGCGCUGUUAGUGGCGGUGGCGGUCGACAUGGCACUGCUGCCCCGCUCCCGGUUCCACACGUGGCGCACUCUGAUCCUGACCUACCUGGUACGUCGUGCCUUCCAUCUCGUGGCGUGGCACAACAGGCGGACCCUCAGCGCAAGAUACGCCUCCUUUUACAACACGCAAGAGGAGUUUGUCAUGAAAACCCUGAAGCGGCAUGCAGAUAGUACUUAUGGACGAGACUUUCGCUUCUUUGACGUGCACUCACUCGAGGAUUUUCGCCGCCUGCACCCAGUCACUGAAUACAGCCACUACCAGCCGUACAUUGAUCGGGUGAUGGAAGGGAACGUUCGCGCCAUGUUCCAUCCUGGUGAAGAGAUCACGGCAUUUUUCUGCUCCUCUGGAACUACCGGCGUCAGCAAGUACAUCCCGAUGACGAAGCGCGUCACGCUGGCACAGGCCGUGGCUAUGUUCGGGGCCCUAGACUUCUUCCCCUGGAACCUGCGCAAUAUCAUUACCCUGCCGGUAGCCACGCGGUGGAAGUACUCUCCGACGGGAGUGAGGGUAGGGUCGACCUCAGCGUUCGCUCAGAGCUCGCCAGUUAUUGCUUGUCAGUGUACAAUGCUACCAAAGGCUAACAUAUUUACAACGGCGUCCAAAGCGCUUCACGUUGGUCUCGUGUUGGCGCUGCGAGAUAGCCAGGCUUGUAUCUGGGACGCGGGAUUUGUAUUUACUCUUUGGAACCAGCUUCACUUUAUGGAAAAUAAUUGGCCUAGCAUAGUUGACGACAUUCGGUGCGGCAGGCUUAGUCCAGCUCUGGACGUCACUGAACAGGAGCGGAGGACCAUCGACUCGCUCCUCAUUCCCGACCCCGAGAGAGCCACCCGCCUUCAGAGGGAGUUUGAACGAGGCUUUGGCGGCAUUGUGCCGAGAGUUCUCCCUCAUGUAGAGAAAGUAAUGGCCAUGUGUUCCGGAACCUCGAUGAACGUUUACAUUGAACGGUGCAGGCCGUACCUGGGCAAACUCAAAAUCUCUUCAGCGAUGUACGGAGGUUCCGAGAGCAUAUUGGGUGUCAACAUAAACAACCCUGGCGAAAAGCCUGCUUAUGCGAUGCUACCUGGGCUCAACUUCAUCGAGUUUCUGCCGGUGGACGAGUCAGGUGAUGCGGAGGAUGGCGCGACUCCACUGCUGGCCUCAGAGGUCCAGAUGGACCAGCUGUACGAGGUGGUGCUGACCAGUGCUGCCGGUCUGUACCGUUACCGGAUGGGGGACGUGGUGCGCGUGGUCGGCUCCUUCCACGGCACGCCCACCGUCGACUUCCAGUUCCGCGCCAAACAGAUGCUCAACGUGCACAUGGAGAAGGUGUCGGAGGCGGCGUUCACGGGCGCGCUGCGACGGUCCGUCGACGGCUGGCCGGACCACCAGCUGGUGGACUUCACCACUGCUGAGAGCGUGCUGGACCCAGCCGCUGCCGACUCGGCGGACUCACCUCCCCACUACCUGGUGCUGGUCGAGCUCUCCGGACCGUCUCUUCCACCGCAGCAAGCCGCUGACAUUGACAAAACCCUGCAGAACGAGCACUCCGUCUAUCGGUCGUUCCGUGCCAAGUCCUCGAUUGGCCCGAUGAGGGUGGUGUGUGUUCGGCCGGGCACUUUUGCCGGCUAUCGUCAGCACGUCUUCGAUACUACCCAGACCACAAUGAGUCAGUUCAAACAGCCACGCGUUCUACGCACCGAAGAGCAAGUCAAGUUCUUUCUGAAUAGGGCGAUAUCAACAGAGUGAGGUGCAUGCUGACGUAUACUGAGGACUGUUUACCCCAUGCCAUGCUGUUAUUUUGUAUCCGCGACUGGUGGAAACUGAAAGCAGACAAACAGAUCAGAUUUAGAAAUGCCUUGCCGCCUCGUGGCUUCUGCGGCUAACGACGCCGGCAGCACGUAUCCGCCCAGCACGCUUCCCUAUAAUGAACGAGCAGCAGAUGUGUGAUAGGCUCUUAUUUUAGGCCAGAUGUGUCAUAAUUUCUGGUUCCAUGUAAAUAUGAUGUUACAGUCAGUGUAAUGUGUUUGUGGACAUUUUUGUCGUCCAAUACCUAACCUACGUUGUGUGUAGGAUGUUCACCGAAGUAUAGGCAUCGUGCUAAGUAUAUUGCGUCCACUCACAACUGAAAAGCCAUAAUGCGUGCAGAUGUGGACUGUACAAAUAAAAUAAGGUCAAUUCAUAAA